AUGACCGACUCGGAAGCAGGCAAAGCAUGGCCCGACCCCUUGGACCGGGUACCCACCACUGCAAGCAGUGAAUGGCAAGGCACUCUGCAAGAGCAGCUCGCGACCUGGAACUGGCACGAGGCCGAAUACCACCAAGGCCACCACUGCGAUUUCACUAAUGAUGGUAAUGGGUACAACCGCAUCGGCGUCGCGCUUGCCGCACUCGACCUAAACGCCAAACCGGCUACCGAAGGAGGAAAGAACAGGGGCUACUCAGUUGAACACCUAGAUCCUGAGGAAGAGUACGAAAACGGAGAGCAUGUACCGGCCAACGACCAAAUGUACGCCGUGGAACGAGACACGUACACCGCUACAGGAGGGCACUACCGCUUCGUUAUCAACGCAGAGCAAGGAGCGCUCUUCGUCCAGUCACUCGACGCACCCCGCCACGCAGCAACGCAGAACUGGGCCCACACGCCCCGGCCCAACGAACUUCCCCGUCUCCAGUUCGCUUCCGAUAUUCUAGCGGCUUAUUGGUCAAGAACGCCCAAUCCGAAGGGUUUGAAGUAUUACUUCGCGAAUAAUGUAGUCAACGAGGAGACAUUACCUCUGAUCAACAAGAUACUGCAGGAGAGUGGGUAUGACAGGAUACCGGAGUGGCCUGGUGUACGUGUCAGUGCGGAUAGCGAAGAAGGGACUGUUUUGGUUGGCUCACCCAUAGGCGCAACACUCGCGUACCUCCUUCUUCAACACAAAGCCGCACUCGGCGAUAAGCGCAUCACCGAUAUCACUAUCUUUCGGGAUUACAAAGCGAAUCCGUCGUUUCAGGCAGAUAUCCAAUUGCUCUUUCGUAUUGAAGACGUUCCGGAGGAUGUUCUAAGGCCUGACGACAUGGACACGGGGGUUGUGGUUUUCAAUUUACAUCCGGACAUUGAUAAGGAGGACGUCUUCAAGAGGAGGGAUAGUGUGGCGGAGGCGGUUAAUCCAAGGAGAAAUGUGCAGAGAUUGCAUCAGGUGAGUCUUGAUACGGGCGGUAGAACGGCGGUGGUUAGUUAUGGGGUUGAGCAAGUUUGA